AUCCACGAGAGCUGCAACGGCAGCCAGUCGCUGCAGCUCAAGAAGACGCUGCAGGACAUGGUCACGCUCGCCGACUACGCGCGCACCACGCUGCUCGACAACGGCGGCGAGGGAGAGCUGGAGAAGCAGUACUUUGGCGAGGGCGACAUCGCCGCCGCGAUUGGCUACUACUCGCGCAUCGUGCGUGGCAGCGACAAGGUUCUCUUCCGCUGCGACGACCCGGAUGGAAACUGCCAGCUGACCGACUACUACGGCCACUGGCGCGGCGACAACGCCACCGACGAGACGGUCAUCUGCGAGAAGUCGUUCCAGGGCCGUCGUCCGCUCGAGCAGACGUGCGGCUUUGGCUUCCAGCUCGGCACGGACAAGCCUUCGACCAUCUGGCCCGUCGAUGUCCUCCACCGCGUCAUGCACCUCCCUAGCAUCGUCAGCGACCGCAUCGCGCACGUCGCCGACACGUACGCCGACGUGCUCGAGCUCGCCUCCACGCACCCCGAGUUCGCCGUCUCGAACCAGCUGACGCUGCAGCUGUACGCCAUCGACAGCUGGAGU